AUGUCAACAGGCAGUGUUUCAUACAAGGCUAUGAGACAUAGUACAUUGGAUAUGAGUCAAAUGACCAACAAGAAAUCUACAGUGUCUGUAAUAAUACAAGAUCCAGAUGAGGAACCACAAAAAGAAAACCCAGAAGAGACUGUUUACUACAAUAAUUUGACUGUGGCUAAAGACAUCGAUGUAACUAACCUUCUUAAUAUAAUUAAAGAGAAGGAAUCCAACGAAACUGAAGGUUUCAAAAAGGAAUUCAAGUCUCUUCCAUGUGGGGAACGAUUUGAUUGUACCGCUGCAAAAUUGGAAGAAAACUUGCUUAAGAACAGAUUUAAAACGACCUUUCCUUAUGACCAUUCCAGGGUGAAAUUAGAGCUUGAAAAUGGCUAUACCUCGGAUUAUAUAAAUGCAAAUUUUAUUGAGAAGGGAAAACCUGAGUACAUUGCAUGCCAAGGACCGAGAGAAAAUACAGUGGUUGACCACUGGAGAAUGGUUUGGCAGGAGAAUGUAGAUUACAUCGUCAUGUUAACAAAUCUCCAGGAAGGUUCAACGAUCAAAUGUCACCAAUAUUGGCCAGGCCAAGGAGAGGAAUUAGAUUUAGGCCUUUUUUCCAUAAGGUUAGAGGAAGAAAAGAUGUAUUCAAAUUAUAUGAUAAGGACAAUGACUUUGCGGAAGAAAAGAGUCACUGGGUCAAGAAUGGUCACGCAAUUUCAUUACACCCGAUGGUCAGAUCAUGGAACUCCAAAUCCAUUGAAUUUUGUCGUCUUUCAUAGGCACUUCAGACACAAAAUGAUCCCAAGUCAGCAUCCAAUUGUCGUACAUUGCAGUGGCGGAAUUGGACGAACAGGGAUUUUCAUUGCCUUUGACGUUCUGACUAGCUGUGGAAAUGCAACGGGCAAGGUCAAUGUCAUAGAGUAUGUCAAGGCCAUGCGUAAGGACAGAAUGACCUUAAUUCAGAAUGCAGAUCAAUACGUCUUUCUGCAUAAGGCUUUGUACGAGUUCUUCAGAAGAAAAGGAGGGUUCGUCAAACGUGAAGAAUUUAUAAAAUGCUAUAGCGAUAGCAACGCUCGAGAAACAAGGAAAAAAAUAGCAGAUGAAUUCAACAAGCUUUCAACUUUAAAACCAGCCUAUGAUGCAAACGAUUUUAAAAUGGGUAUGAAGUAUCUCGCACUGAACUCUACGAAAUCUGUUUUACCAGUUGACCAGCACUUGGUGUAUUUGACGUCUUACGUUCGAGGUCGAGAUUAUUAUUACAACGCAGUGGCUUUAUCGUCUUUCACUCGACCCUGUGAGUUUAUUUCUGCUCAACUUCCAGUGUUUGGUGCUGCCAUCGAUUUAGCUCGCUUGCUUGUUGAUCAAGAGUCACAUUUCCUUAUAUUUUUGAAUCCUUUGUCAGGCAUCAGAGAGAUGAAAGAAUGGGUUGAUGAGGAAGUGAAGAAUUUCAAGCUGGGCCCAUACGAAAUUAUCAGAAGUGUGCAGUCGACUUUGAACAGUGAUAUACGAAAGACAACUCUAAAAAUAAAAGAGAAGAAGGGAAAAACUCAAAAUGUUCAUUUAUAUGAAUGCCUUGAUUGGAUUAUCGAUGACGUACUUCCUGUUGAUACAUCCACGUUGAUAAAUUUAAUCAAACAGUUCAGUCUUGACCGAAAAUCUGAACCAGAUGGACCAUUGACACUUGUCCCCAUAGACGGAGCAACAUGUUGCGGUGUAUUCAUGGCUGUAUAUAAUGCAAUAGAACAGCUACACCAGGACAAUGAAGUUGACAUAUGUACCAUUGUUCAGCAAUUGCAAUGUUGCAGACCGGAAAUGAUUUCUACCAAGGAAGAAUAUGCAUUCUGUUUUAAAGCUGUUUGUGAUUUCCUGAAUACGGACAACGUUUAUGCCAAUAUUUAA